CUGCAGAGAAGAAGGCUGAAAAGAAAAGAAAGAAAUCUAAGCGACAUUCUGACAGCAGCUCCUCAGAUACUGACUCUUCAUCCAGUUCUGGAUCAGAAUCAGACAGUGAUCAGUCAUCAAUUGAUGAGCGGCAGAAAAAGAAACGCAUAAAAACGAAAAGAAGAAAAAAGAUGAGUGAAUCUGUAAAACGCAAGGACAAGAAGAAAGCAAAGAAGAAAAAGAAAGAGAUAAAAGACAGGUAAGUGGCUGUAACUACACCACUGUACAUCGAAUAAAAAUACAUCAAUACACAAACAUUUAAUAAAUACAUACAAAAAAUGCAAUAUGAUAAAAAUGAAUACUGUGAAUAAAAUAACUAAUGACUUAAUAAAAAAAUGCAUAUACAUAUAAUUUCAAAAAUUAAAAUUGCACACAAAAAGUACAGCAUUCAAUAAUUCAUUCAUUACACUCAAAUGACAACAUGUACUUGUAGAUAGAUUUAGUUGAGUAGCAAAAAGGACUGAUAGAGCCACUGUGCCAAGUGCAGAGCAUAACCAUGGCAAUGAACAUGUUGAAUUCCAAAGAAGUUGAGGAGUAAGGGCAAGUCAAAGAGGUUAGGGAGAAAGUAGCCCGUGUAGCAAGCGUUUUUGUGUGGUUUCGGAGCAAAGAAAGAUGGAGGAAUGACAUGGAACAGGAUUUUUGGUUUUGGCCGCACCAAAAAUAGAACAAGAGCAAACUCUUGCUACGCAGGCUAGGGAGAAAGAAGAGAAAACAAUAUAUUAUUUUUUCUCUCCUCCCCCUUCUUAAAACCUUUUUUUACCCCAUGACUAGUCCAAGAGUUGCUAUUUCUAUUCUCCCCUGUCUUUCUCAGUGGUCAAAGAUGGCAGCCAUGGCAAUGCAGACAGGCAGUUUUUGCCCACCUUAAAAAUUUUCCUGCAUUGCUGGCUUCCCUGAGAGUACUUACACAUACCUUGCACUAAUCCACGGUUAUCUUAACCCAGCUUUGAACAAACCUGGCCAAGUAAGUGAUAAGCAAAGGAAUCUGUGGCUACAUUUGAGGUCCCAUAUUACAUAAUAAAGUUGCUUUUACCCCCCCCACUUCCUUCCCUGUUAGUGAAAUAUGGACACUAAUAUCAGCAAUUAAUUUGAAUUCCAGUCCAGGAGAUGUUAAACCAAAGAGUCCUGAACCUUUUAGUUCAGUGGCUGUGGAUGAGAUCCCAGAUGUUCCCAAUAAUUCUUUUCUAUUGAGAAGAAGCCGCACCCCCUCCCCUGUCAGGGAAAAGAGGCUUCAGCAGGCAAAAAAUAGGUAUGUUUUCUCUGAGGUACACCUGACCUUAGUCAUUUCUACGAGAGCUUGGCUCAUUCCCUUUUCGGUGCAUAAUUAUCAUGAAUUAGGAAUUUUUGAGCAUGUAAGUCCAUACUAAAUUUGCAAAUGAUAAAUUUUGCCCAAGGCAAAGCUCUUUCUUUGUUCAAAGCUCUGAGGUAUAUACUAUUAAAAUUAAUUGUGACAUACAAAAGUACUUUGGAAUGGCAAGACAACUAGAUUUCAUCCACGGACGCAAAACUAAGAAGUGCAUUUCAUCCAACGUGCCUGAUUACACACUAAGGAAAUGGUACCAUGUGAAAGUACUACUGAUGGAAGAGGUUUCAUUUGAAUGGUCACACCAUAGGAUUUCAUCCACAGACUCAAAAAUUAAAACUACAUAGUACCAUGUGAUAGCACUGCUCAACUGAUUCUGAUGGCAAAUGGUUCAGAAAAAGUUGUUCAGAUGUUGAGAGAUAGAUGGCAGCAGUAUCUUCAAGUUGUUUAUAUUAUGUUUUGUUUGUAUGACCACAGGAAAAGUAAGUCUCCUCUAGGGUAUAAAGCUCCUCCUCAAAGUAAUUCACAGCAAAGGACCAGGGUAUGUACACCUGCUGAAAUGAUAUUGUUUGGGAGAUCAGUAGACCUUAUUUCAUUGUAUCCGCCAUCUUCGCAUGCACUUCCGGACUGAUAAAUCACGUGACAUUGCAUCUAUCCCAUCAACCCUUGAACGCGUGCAAAGAUGGUGGUUGUUGUGAAUAAGGUCUAUACCUUCAAUAGAAAAUAUCCACAAUUAUUAAUAAAACAAUUACAUCCGAGUCUCUUGGUUCCUUAAACUGAACCUCGGAUUCUGUGGGUAACUAUUUUUCUUUCUUUUAACACAAUUAUAAAACUUCUUACCCUCUAUAAUCCAUCUCUGUUUGUCUUUCUUAUCGGCAGUUUUCCAGGACGGGAAGGAUUCUACGAGGACGAGGAAAUAUGGUGAGGAAAUUCCCAGGGUAUUAGUUUAAACUUCCUUACGAGAAAAACAAUACACCAGGAGAAAAGGAAAUAUCACUAAGUAAUGAAUCAUUUAGAAGCCGUCAGAAGACAAAACAAGGAAAAACACAUCUCUGAAAACCCACUUACAGUGUACCCCCCUCCCAAGCAAAGAACCUGGCCCGAGGGUAUUCAAUCGUUAGAAAUUCCAUUUGGCAGGGUUUGAAACAGAACUUAAUCACAUGAUUUUUAUUUUUCAGCGGUAUCGCACACCCCCGCCUUCUUCUCCGGAUGAAACCCGGAACAUUUCGCGCCGUUUUUCUCCACCUUUGGUGGCUCGGUCAAGGUCUCCACGCAGGCGUACAAGGUCCGAGUCCUAUGCGUCGUGUACGAUCAUCAUUUAGACAGUCGAGGUCUUCUCGAGAUCGCUCUAGAUCUGCCCGUCGACGCUCGAAUUUUCCUCGAAGACCCCCGAUGUCUUCUCGACGACGGUCGACGUCCCCAGGAAAACACUCAAAUUCCCCACAGAGAUGCUCGCCGUCUCCACGAAGACACUCGGGGUCUCCGCGACAACGCUCGAGGUCUCCACGAAGACAUUCGAAGUCCCCACGAUCACAGUUACUUCAGAGAACAGAUAGCAAACAGCAUAUGAAAGACCAUGAAUCAGGGGAAAGAAAAAUGAAACAGAGCUACUCAGUAAGAGAUGAUGAAAGCAGUGAUAAAUUUGCAACAGUUACAACACGAAGUGAAAGGAACUCAAAUGAUGAAAAAGCUAACGAAUGUUCACCUACAACUGAAGAGCGCUUUCCAGAAAGGCGACGGGAACAAGUCAGUGAGGAAUUUGAACAAGAAAGUCGAGACAUUUUGUACAGAUUGGAAAAACAGAGCCAUCUUGCGCGUAAAGAAGACAUCAGGGACAUACGGAAACCAAGUUCAUACUCGAACGGCGACGAACAGACAUGGAGAAGCUUAGCUCGUGAUUAUGAGUUUGAAGAAGGUCAUGGAACUCUGGAGGCACAAAGUUAUGCACCCAUUCCAUUAAGCAAAGAACGUGAAAAUAACCGAGAACGUCUACAAUCUCGCGGUAAAAAUAACGAUGAACAGAUUUCUCCAAACGAAGAAAGCGCAGGCAGUGAACAAGAGGACAAACGAGCUUUCCUUCCGGGUGAAGGAAGGUUUAAACAUCAGGGUAUCUCAGAACGUAAAACUGGUCGUCUACAGCGCAGUAGGAGUUUUGAUAGACGCAGAAGUAGCUCUCAGGAGAGUGACCGGAACCGGAAGUCACGUCAUCACCAUCGUCAUCAUCAUCAUCGACACCAUCAUAAAAGAGACGCGAGGCAAUCGGAAAGAAACAUUGUCGUGACCGAGAAAGAUCAGGACAUUUCAAGUGACUGA